CCGGCUGAGUUGCUGGUGGACUCUGACAGCAAUGACCAUUAUGGGGCUGCUCUGGAGAAUGAGGAAGACGCUGGAGGGUGUUUGGAGUCAGGGCAGGGAUUAGAGAGGCCUUUGGCCACCGGGUGCAUCUGAGUCAGGGAGCAGUGAGGAGGAACAGAGGGAGGUUGUCCCUGAUGUGUGCGUGCGUAUAGCUGAGAGAAGAGAGCAUGUGGAGAAGACGUCAUAGAAGGAAGUAGGGAAAGCUGGCUACUGUUGUGGCCCUCCCAAAGAGUUUAUAGGUGGAGCAGGGGAGGGGAAUCAUUGCAGGAAACAACAGUCCAUUUUACUAGCCGUUGAGAAAGCAUUCCGUUGCAAGAGAUACAGAGAAGCUGAUUUCUGCUGAAGGAUUUCCUUUAUUCAACUCAUGAUGAGUCUGUCUUCAAGGCCAAACAUCCAACCAUGCUGAUAUUCCUAAUGCUUCUUCAGCUGACCUUGGGGGUCUCGCUCCAAGAAACCGCCAAAUCAGCUCCUCAAGACUGGCUCCAAGUGCAUGCAUGCUGAUUAUGUGUGCACCUAACAAUGGGGAUCCCAGAAGAGAAAUGGCUAUUCAAGGACUCCAACAGUUUUCAAAUCCAUCAGAACUUUUGGCUUUCUCUGCACCAAACCAAGAUAAACUGGGAAGUGGGACAAAAUGAGCUUGAACUUCUUAAAUUGCAAAUAAAAGAACUUCGGAUUCAGAUGGACAUUCUCAAAGCUACCUUCAUCAAAGUUCAACAAGCUACCCUGGCUCCCAAUGGAAUGCUUGUGGGUGACAAAAUGUUCAAAAGAAGUGACUCUAAGGGAGAUUUCCAGGGUGCUACCGGCAACUGCGCACACAUGAAUGGCAAACUUGCCUUGCCAAGGAAUCCGGAAGAGAACGAAGCCCUCAAAAAAAUAUUAGAACAGCGUAACGAACGGGCCAUUCUGGGAACCAUGUACAGCACAGCUGAAAAGAAGUUUAAAGAUCUCAAUGGCCAUUCUCUACAAUUUUUCAACUGGGCUCCAGGAGAACCGAAUAAUCCUGGUUACGAAAAGUGUGUGGAAUGCACCCAAAUGGCCAGUGGCAUGAUAGAAUUUGCGAUAUCGGCUGGGCAAUCAUCUGUGAAUUUAGCAUCUAAUGGACAUUGGGUUGGGUAAGGAAAGAAAAAGAUUUCCACCAUAGAGCUGAAAAAGAAAGCUUAAUCUGUGUAUCGCACAUACAGUCUAGCAUAUGGCAACUAGGUCCCAACCCAAUAGCUUCUCCUGUUUUCAGCAAGGAGAUUUGAAGUCAAGUUUUACUCUGUUGACUUCAGCCUUGUCAUUCCAACCGAAGUUGCCUUCUUCCACUUAAACCAACCACCUUGGAAUCCUUCCUCUGUCCUCCACUGAAGUAGUGACCUAAUUUGAGGCUGCUUAGCUUUUACAAUCCAGCAUCAGAUAGAUGUUGCCAUCUUCCAAGUCUUCUCUAGCUUAGUUUAGACAGCAAAUCUUGCACGGAAAUGUAGCAGCUUAUAGAUCCAUUUUCCAAUUUCUAAAUAAAUGCAUUUCAUGCCAGCA